UUCCUCGAUACUUUAGAACUUUAUUGUGAAUGCUUGUGCUGAGUUUCUAUACAAAAUGAAUCUAGAAUUACAUAAACGUUAUACUAAAGUUGUGAAAUAAGAUACAAUGUUGUCGAGCCUGAAAAAUAACGCAAUUCACUGAACUCCAUUCAACAGCUUCAGUUAUGUGAAAAUGAUAUUCCGUCAUCAAAUGUUUUAGAAAGACGUUUAUUUUUAGUUUGCAAGCCCUUUGCGCAUAGGAUCAAAGUUUUCUACAUUAAAACUGAUUGUUGCAAGUAAGCUAUAUCGCUUUACAACCCAUAGGCAUGUUUAAACAAGUCUACAGAUACAACACAGGACAGGCAUUCACUAGGGGUGUGAUUCUGAGAGAUUUACAAGAUUCACAAACUCAUCAAACAAGCUGAGGACAAUAUACGGCUGUAACCUCUCUGACGGCUCUAGAUUGACUGAUAACAUUGACGGGGAACUUCAUUCUUGUGUGUUGUGUAAAAAUGGAGGAGAUUGUAGAAAGCGGUCUGUCUUUAAUAUACGUUUUCCUGACGGUUGUUAGUGUUUGCUUACUGCUCGUGCGGGGUGUGAGGGGCAGGCCUGUGAGGUGGUUGGUUGUUCUUGUGGUUUCUGAAGGGACAUUGAGCUGUUUGGUCCAUUCAUUAUUUCUAAAAGUGGCAUUAGCGACGGUGCUAUGUGGUUUGGUGCACUACAUAGGGAGUGAAGAGAUCAUGUUACCUACCCUAAACAAAGCAGUGCUGAUCACAGGUUGUGAUUCUGGUUUGGGUCACGAUCUGGCCAAAUGUCUGGACAGCGCAGGAGUGAGGGUGUUUGCGGGGGUCCUGGAUGAAUGCGGUCCUGGAGCUCGGGAGCUCAAGAGAGCUGCAUCUUCAAAACUCACCAUUCUACAGUUAGACGUCACAAACAGAAGACAGAUCAAGCAAGCGUAUGAGUUCAUCCGGAGUCAAACAGGUGAAACAGGUCUCUGGGGAGUAGUGAACAACGCAGGUGUGCUUGGAUAUGUGGGCGACGGAGAAAUUCUGCCAAUUAAAUUAUAUAAAAAAUACUUUGAUGUAAAUUUCAUUGGUAGUGUGGAGGUGACACAGGUCUUUUUGCCUCUGAUACGUCAAUCAAAAGGAAGAAUUAUCAGCAUAUCAAGUAUGGCAGGAGAAAUCCCUCUUCCUGGAUUUUCAGCCUAUGGAGCAUCUAAAGCAGCUCUGACUGUAUACAGUGGAACAAUGAGACAGGAACUCUCACGCUGGGGAGUAAAAGUCAUUAUCGUUCAACCUGGGGCUUUUAAAACAAAUAUUUUUGGCCGCAGAGAGCAGUGGAUUGGCGUUCAGGAGGAGAUCCUAAGUGAUAUAUCCCAAGACGUCAUGGAAACGUAUGGAGUAGAAUACAUCAGCUCCAUGCAGCAAAGGCUGGUCGAGAUGUCUUCAACGUCAAGCCCCAACACGGGACCGUUCCUGGAGUCUUUAAAACAUGCUCUGCUCUCCUCAAGACCUAAUCCAUUUUACUACCCGGGGGCGGCAGCGUGGGCUCUUCCACUUUUCUACAGACAUUUCCCCACUUCACUGUCAGACAAGAUCUUCUCACGAAUCUUUAUGAAUAGUGAUGCCAAACCAGCACAACACUGAAUUUCUAUUAACCGUUUUGCUAAAAUAACUUUGACAGGAUAAAUGGUGUGGAAGCUUUUAGUAAACCAGGUGAAUGAAAACCUGUCAAGCUUUGUUAAAAGCAUGGAAACCGCACACAAUCCACAGAACAAUUCAACAUCGUCUAAACCUUCUGUAUUCAGUUUGUUACAACACACUCAAGAAACAUAUUUUGCCACAAAAAAAUACCUUGGACGGUAAAAAGCUUGGAAAAACUGGGCUUUAAACUCAGGUCACAGUUUUUGCUUUCUUAUUAUAAGUUUGGAAAAAACAAUUCAGGGUGUCCUAUUAAAUCCACAGUAUCUUUUCACUUUAAAAAGAAGGUCUUUUAACAGUGGCAUUUGUUUCUGACACUAAACAGAUUUUAAAAAAUCUAAAAAGGUCCAUUGUAUAUAAAAUAAAUCAUAUAAGGUGAA